AUGACGGCCUUCCCCGAAUCGUGCCAACCGCCACGUGACGGACUGCCACGUGAGCCGCUGCUGUGGAUGGUGUUUGGGUCACGUGACGAGAUCACGCCGCACCUGGUGAGCACAUGUCUUGUCAAGGGCGAUCGGGUUUUUGUGGUGGAGUGGACCGAGACUGGCGAUACCCGUCCUGAGAUCAACAUUUCGACUGUCACUUUGAAUGGGUUACCCGGUCCUAUUAUUGAGGCGCGUGCCUCGAUUCCCAUGGCCGUUUUCCCCGGAGGAGGCGAGAACAUUGUCAAUGAGCUGCUCAACCGAUGUAUGGUGAUUUUUGGAAUUCUGCCGCAGGUUGUCGUCAACUUGGAGGAGCACGGAUUGGUGGGGCCUGGCGAAUCGCAGCAUGAGCACGAGCUGCGCUCUACCUUUUCGCACAACUUUGGGCGGGUAUUCAUCGUUUGCAGGGCGAUUUUAGCGGCUUGGAAAAACCGAAACUGCACAGACAAACGAGUGAUCAUCAACAAGACGGGAACUCUGGGUAUUCUGGGCGCCCCGGGCCUGGGAGCCUUGUGUGCGUCUCAGUUUGCCAUUGACGGCUUCUCCGAGACCCUGGCUCUGGAAAAUGAAGGGUUCGCUAAUGUGGUCAUUUUGGAAUCUUCAAUGCUGCAUGAACGGGGUCGAAAUCCCGUGGCGGCGCUGGUGGACAGCGAUAUGGGAAGCCCGAUAAUUGCAAGCAGCCCGAUGAGCCAUCACUCGGCCUUGGUCGGAAGUCCGCUGAACAACCAUUCUCCCACGAGCAACCAGACCCCCCUCAACCCCCAGCAUUCGCCCGUCAUGAACAACAUGACGCCCGUGCACCAUUCACAGACACCAAUGAGUCAACGCAGCCCCAUGAGUCAACAUAGUCCUUUGACGCGUUCAGAAACGCCCCUAACGUCGCUGUUGCAACCCCCGUUGCCGGCAGUGGAAGAACGGCAGUUGCCAGCCGCAUACGCGGACUCGGCAGCCAUAUACGGCCUUCUUAUUGCCCAGCAGCUGCGCGAAAAACGACCCAUUCCACCUCACGUGACGUAUGUGCCCUGCACCAAGCCGCGUGUUGAAGACGAGCCUGUGGUUCCCAAGAAGCGCAAAGCGGAGGAACCGCCUCCGGCAGUGCCCAGAGAUAGCACCGAGGUUUCUUUUGUUGAUCUGGUGGCCGCGACCGUUUGGGAGGCUGCUCAUUGUGCCAAUCCCCCUCUUCGGUUGUGUUUGGGAAGACAGGCGGUCAAGCUACACAAGGAGAAGCUACGACUCAAUGUGGAAGAGAUUGAGGACUGGAAGUAUCUGUAUGGACAUUGGGAAGAUUGA